UCAUAUGUUUUGACAGUUGUAUUAUUCUGAUGUCUAUUGACGUGAAAUCCUCUGUGAAGGUGUAAGCUUUCUGUAUUUGUACACUGUAGAGCUGACAUACCUCUGUGAAGGAUUAAGCUUUCUGUAUUUGUACAUAGUAUCACUGAUGAGCUGACACACCUCUGUGAAGGAUUUAAAGCUUUCUGUAUUUGUAUUGUGUAUCUCUUUUACUCAUGCUGAAUAGCAGUGCUUUGCCUGUGUAUAUUUGUAUUUAUCUGUGUGACUAGGUUAUGGCUCUCACAAACAACUCCACGAAGGAAGUGCUUCAGCAAGCGUCGAUCGCUCGAUCAGUAUCCAAAUUUUCUGUGAUGGUGCUGAUGUCUUUCGUCUUCAUCUACAUUAACACUGUUAUGUUUGUCACGCUGUUGAGCAAGCCUGUUUUGAGAGAGACCUCUCGCUACAUCCUCUUUGCUCACAUGCUCUGUAUCGACUCCAUCCAGCUGCUCUUCUCGUCAAUAAUUGGAUUCAUCUCAUUCUGUUGCAGGCCUGCUAAAGCCGUUUGCUCCAUCUUAAUCUUAGUCACCGACUCUACCUCCAGAAUCACGCCGCUUAACCUGGCCGUGAUGUCACUGGAGCGCUACGUUGCCAUCUGCUUUCCUCUGCGUCACAGUGAAUUUGCCUCCGUUAAGAACACGUACAUGGCCAUCACUGCUCUUUGGUUCUUUGGGCUGGUGAACCCUGUGGUCGAUUCACUUUACACCUCCGUGACUGACCCUGAUUUCUUCACUGGAAAGGUGUUGUGUGGUACUGAUUUUAUGUUCAUUCCGUCACCAUGGCAGGAGUUGCUCUACCAGGCUCUAAACGGCUUCUACUACGUGGUAGCAAUUCUUGUCAUCGUCUACAGCUAUGUUUGUGUCAUGAUUGUGGCUCGGUCUGUCUCCAGUGAUGCGAAUUCCGCUAGGAAGGCGCACAGGACGCUUCUGUUGCACCUGAUUCAGCUGCUGCUCAGCCUGAACACGCUGCUCUUUGGCAACAUCAUUGACUUCCUGGUACAGACUCUGAGCUACGAGGUCCGAUUCGACGUGCGCUACAGCAUCUUCCUGCUGGUCGUCCUGCUGCCCAGGUGUCUGAGUCCCCUCAUCUACGGCCUGAGAGACGACACGCUUCGCCACUUGUUCCUUCACCGUUUCAAAUGUGGUUUGUGUAGAGCCAAGAUGAGUGUACAUGUUACCUCACUGUAUUAGUUCCACUGCUUCAAGUCAAGGCCGGUAGUCAUUUACAAGUCAGGGCAGGCGCACGGUAACCUAUUUUUGACCAGGGGUGCUGAAUAACAAAAAUAAUGGAUGUCCGACGAUCACAC